CGUGUCGAGGGAUGCUCUGCGGGUUCGGGGCGGUGUGCGAGAGGAGCUCCACCGACCCCUCCCAGGCCUCCUGCGUCUGCAAGAAGACAGCUUGCCCCGUCGUGGUGGCUCCUGUCUGCGGCUCUGAUUAUUCCACCUACAGCAACGAGUGUGAGCUGGAGAAGGCCCAGUGCAACCAACAGCGGCGGAUCAAAGUCAUCAGCAAGGGACCGUGUGGCUCCAAGGACCCCUGCGCAGAGGUGACCUGCAGCUUUGGCAGCACGUGCGUCCGCUCCGCCGACGGUCAGUCGGCCAAGUGCGUCUGCCCGUCGUCCUGCAGCGGCGUUCCUGAGAGCGCGGUGUGCGGCAGCGACGGCAAAGACUACCGCAGCGAGUGCGACCUCAACAAGCACGCCUGCGACAAGCAGGAGAAUGUUUUCAAGAAGUUUGACGGCGCCUGUGACCCGUGUAAAGGCGUCCUCAACGACAUGAACCGUGUUUGCCGGGUGAACCCCCGCACCCGCAGGGCAGACCUGCUCUCCCGCCCUGAGAACUGUCCUCCAAAGAGGGAGCUUGUGUGCGGGGACGACGGGGUGACUUACGACAACGAGUGCGUGAUGGGGCGCUCGGGGGCCAUCCGGGGCUUGGAGAUCCAGAAGGUGCGUUCAGGGCAGUGCCAGCAUCAGGACAAAUGCAAGGAGGAGUGCAAGUUCAACGCCGUCUGCCUGAACCGCCGCGGCACCGCUCGCUGCUCCUGUGACCGCGUCACCUGCGAUGGCGCCUACCGGCCUGUCUGUGCCCGCGACAGCCGCACCUACAGCAACGACUGCGAGCGCCGGAAAGCUGAGUGCCACCAGAAGGCUGCCAUCCCAGUAAAGCACAGCGGACCCUGUGACCUGGGCACACCCAGCCCGUGCCUGAGCGUGGAGUGCACCUUUGGGGCCACGUGCGUGGUGAAGAACCAGGAGGCCGUGUGCGAGUGCCAGCAGGUGUGCCAGGGCCGCUACGACCCCGUGUGUGGCACUGACAACCGCACCUACGGCAACCCCUGCGAGCUCGACUCCAUGGCCUGCGUCCUCAAGAGAGAGAUCAAAGUGAAACACAAAGGACCCUGCGAUCGCUGUGGCAAGUGCCAGUUCGGGGCCAUCUGCGAGGCGGAGACGGGAAGGUGCGUGUGCCCCACCGAGUGCGUUCCCUCCUCGCAGCCCGUGUGCGGCACAGAUGGCAACACGUACGGCAGCGAGUGCGAGCUCCACGUCCGGGCGUGCACACAGCAGACGAACAUCUUGGUGGCUGCCCAAGGAGACUGCAAGUCCUGCGGCAGCACGGUGUGCUCCUUCGGCAGCAAGUGCGUGGGUGGGCAGUGCGUGUGCCCGCGCUGCGAGCGGCAGCCCUUCGCUCAGGUGUGCGGGAGCGACGGCCUCACCUACGACAACCACUCUGCCCUGCUGGGUGUGAGCCCUUUCUCACCACCAUCCUCCUUCGCUCCAGAGUGCGGCUCAGGGGGCUCGGGCUCCGGCGACGGUAGCGAGUGUGAACAAGACCGGUGCCGGCAGUACGGGGGCUGGUGGGACGAGGAUGCAGAGGAUGACCGCUGUGUGUGUGACUUCACCUGCCUGGCAGUGCCACGCAGCCCGGUGUGUGGCUCUGAUGGUGUGACCUACACCAACGAGUGUGAGCUGAAGAAGACACGGUGUGAAAAACGCCAGGAUCUCUAUGUCACUAGCCAAGGAGCCUGCCGCGCCCUUGCCACAACCCCGCCACCUCUCCUGGUUGUGCACUGCAGCCAGACCAUCUACGGAUGCUGCCCAGACAACAUGACCUUGGCGCUCGGAGUGGGUGCAGCUGGAUGCCCAACCUGUAACUGCGACCCGGUGGGUUCAGUGCGUGACGACUGCGAGCAGAUGACUGGACUGUGCUCCUGCAAGACUGGUAUCACUGGUAUGAAGUGCAACCAGUGCCCCAAUGGCAGCAAACUGGGCAUGACUGGCUGUGAGAAAGACCCGUCAGCCCCGAAAUCCUGCGAGGAAAUGAACUGUGAGUUUGGGGCCUCGUGCGUGGAAGUCAACGGCUUCGCCCACUGCGAGUGCCCAUCCCCGCUUUGCUCGGAGGCCAACAUGACCAAGGUGUGUGGGUCUGAUGGCGUCACGUACGGGGACCAGUGCCAGCUGAAGACCAUCGCCUGCCGGCAGGGACAGGUCAUCACAGUGAAGCACGUGGGGCAGUGCCACGAGUCCAUCACUCACACAAGCCACACCUCGCCACCCACGCCGCUGCCCACGCUGCCCUUGGACAAGUUAAUCCUUCCUCCGCCGCUGCGGCUCACCACCCAGGCUCCAGAACCCACCGAGCUGGCUACCAGCUCCCUGCUGUUGGAAGCCAGGCCUACUGAAAGAGGUCACCCUACAACAAGGCGCAUCACGACUGCCAGACCAGCCACUACACCGUGGAUGACCCACGGGGUGUUUAAGGCCACCGUGCGCCCUCUCUCCACCGCACCGGUGGUCCUGGCCACCACCCAGCCCGCCUACGUUGAAUCAGGCAGUGCAGAAGGCAGUGGAGACCAAGAGAUGGGCAUCAGUGGAGACCAGGAAUCUAGUGGGGCAGGCUCUGCCGGGGAAGAGGAGGUGGAGGAAAGCCAGGUAACUUCCACCCCAGCCAUCGAGAGGGCGACGUGUUACAACACCCCGCUGGGAUGCUGCUCUGAUGGCAAGACUGCGGCUGCUGAUGCGGAAGGCAGCAACUGUCCCGCUACCAAAGUCUUCCAAGGCGUCCUCAUCUUGGAGGAGGUGGAAGGCCAGGAGCUGUUCUACACACCGGAGAUGGCUGACCCCAAGUCAGAGCUCUUUGGGGAGACGGCCAGGAGCAUUGAGAGCGCGCUGGAUGAGCUUUUCCGCAAUUCUGACGUUAAGAAGGAUUUUAAGAGCAUCCGCGUCCGAGACCUGGGGCAGAGCAGUGCUGUCCGUGUCAUUGUGGAGUCCCACUUUGAUCCAGCCACUUCCUACACAGCAGCUGAUGUCCAAGGGGCCCUGCUGAAGCAGAUCAAAGCUUCCAAGAAGAAGACCAUUCUGGUGAAGAAGCCCCAGCAGGAGCAUGUCAAAUUCAUGGACUUUG